GAACCACCUCAAGGAUAUUCCAGAAGCUAUGUCUGAGAGCCAGCAUGUGACCUAUUCUCACUUGGGAAGCUGGAUCUUUUCCAAUCCGGAUGGAGUGUGUACAGCAGGAAAUACCAACUACCAGUAUGCUACUCCUUUGCCUCUGUCUGCUCCCCACACCCACCAUGGCUGUGAGCACUACCCUGGCAUCCGAGGACACCACCGGCAGGCUCCCUACCCUUCUGCAUAUGUGCACAGAAAUCAUUCUCCCUCAGUGAAUUUGAUAGAAAGCUCCAGCAAUAACCUGCAAGUUUUCUCUGGAGCUGACAACUGGACUUCCUUAUCCUCCACACCCCACGCCAGCAUCCUGUCUGUACCCCACACCAGCGGACCAGUCAAUCCAGGGCCUAGCCCAUAUCCAUGCCUGUGGACCAUCAACAACAGUGGCGGGGGCCCUGCCGGGUCAGGCUCAGAGGUGCAUGCCAACUCCCCGGGAGCGUUUCUCCUGGGUAACCCAGCUGUGACUUCACCUGUCUCCACCCAGACACCCACUUCGCUCACCCAUGCCAUGCCUAGGCAACAAAAGUUCAUUGAGUACCUUCCUUGUGCCUUGACCCUUACUCUCAAAUGAUUCUAGAAGGCUGCCCCUUCUGUUCUGUGGACAUAGUAAGUCCACAAAGUCCAUAAAGCUGGUAAGUGAGCUCAAAAUUUACCUAGCCUAAGGCUACUGCAUUGUAACUUUGUACAGUCCUAAAGGUAUGUGUAGCCAGAGAGCUUCUGCUUUGAGACCAGGAGAGGGUGUAAGUCCAUGGAGUGAAGUUAACAGAAGUAGAGUUAAUCGCAUGUUAUAGCACUGGGAAUUGAGGAAAUGAAAUCAUGUUGCUCCUUGGCUCAGAAACCUUGGAUGACUCACCAUCACCUACAGAUCAACGUUGAUCUCCUCUGCCAUCUGCCCUCAAAACAUUUGUCUAGCUUUAGCUCCCGGUUACCCCAUUAGCACCCUCUAUUUCAGUCAAGGCACACAUUCUGCCUCUAUUUUUUGGACAGUCAGUGUUCUUUCCCACCUCUGUACCUUCUCUCCUGCCUGAAAGUCCCUUCUCUGCUCAGUUCACCUGUGUGAAUCUUGCUAUCUCCCAUGGACUGCCCAGAGCACCACCUGCUGCAUCAAACAUUUGAUCUGCCUGGGUUCCCUGCCUUCCCACUGGUUUUGCCUGUUGUAGAGCUCAUCUCAUGCUGCCUUGUAUUUUUAGCACCCAUGUCUCUCUUCCACUAGACUGUGAGCCCCUUGAGGGUGAGGCCCGGCCUUCUCCUCUCUGUUCCCCACAGCAGCACCUGGUUCUGUGCCUUGCCUAUAGGAGGUGCCCAAUAAACACUGGCUGAACUGAA